GCCUCCAUUCGCAUCGCGCCUGCCAUUCCGCAUUUUUCCUCUCCACUCACAGCGGACCGGAAAAUCUCUCCGGCGGCGCCGCCGCCGCCGCCGCCGGCGAAGCGCCAUCCUCGCCGGUCUCUUCUCCUCUUCACUUCCUCCGUGCCUUCACCUGUCUCGCCGGGGCGCCGCAUCCCCUCCACCGAAGCACCAUCCCAUUCGCACCCUGCCUCCAUCGGGAAUCAAUCUCUCCGCCGCCGCCGCCGCCGCCAUGCUCCGCCUCCGUGGCUGCAUCCUCGUGCGGCUCCUCUCUUCUCCCGCCACCUCUCAGGCCCCCCCUCUCCACCGCCCCCUCUCCGCGGCCGCCGUUUCCCCAAACCCUAGCUUCGUCGCCCACGACUACCUCGUCUCCACCUGCGGCCUCACCCGAGCCCAGGCACUCAAGGCCUCCGCCAAGCUCUCCCACCUAAAGUCCCCCGCCAAGCCCGACGCCGUCCUCGCCUUCCUCGCCGGCCUCGGCCUCUCCGCCGCCGAUGUCGCCGCCCUCGUCGCCAAGGACCCGCUGUUCCUCUGCGCCAGCGUGGAGAAAACCCUGGGCCCCGUCGCAAUUGAGCUCGCCGGCCUCGGCCUGUCGCAUUCCGAGAUCGCGCGCCUCAUCCCGCUCUCCUUCGUCCACUUCCGCUCCAGGUCCAUUGUUUCCAAGCUGCGGUACUACCUGCCCCUCUUAGGCUCCUCGGAGAACCUCUUCCGGGUGCUCAAGAAAGGCUACCUCGCCGGUGCUGACAUCGAGGGGACGGUCAAGCCCAACGUUGCGCUCUUACGACAGUGCGGGCUAGAUGAUUGCAAUAUCACCAAGCUGUCCCUCGCUAAGGGCGGAGUCCUGAGCAGCAAGCCAGAGCGCGUCCGGGUGAUGGUGGCAUGCGCCGAAGGCCUUGGCGUACCUCGUGGCUCGGGGAUGUUCAGGCACGCGUUGGAUGCCGUCGGAUUCCUCGGUGAGGAGAAGAUCGCCGCCAAAGUGGCCUACUUGAAGAAGACGUUCAGGUGGUCAGACGCUGAGGUGAGCAUUGCUCUGCGUAUGGCUCCGUGUGUGCUGAGGAAGUCAAAGGAAUUACUGCAGCGCAGGUCUGAUUUCCUCAUCUCUGAGGUGGGGUUGGAACCGUCCUACAUUGCUGAACGGUCAAUAAUUAUCAAUUACAAGCUGGAGGGCCGGAUGAAACCCAGGUACUACGUUGUAAAGUUUCUCAUGGAAAAUGGAUUGCUCAAGUGCAACCCAGGCUACUACUAUACCGCUUUCAAGGUGAGAGAGAAGGUAUUCGUGGAGAAGUUCAUUUCCCCUCACACGGAAGUUGCGCCGCACCUCGCUGAAGACUAUGCAACAGCUUGUGAAGGGGUAGUGCCGGCUAGAUUCAGAUUUACAUGAACCAAGGACUGGGUUCUCACCAUGCCUGCGAAGCUGGUGACAUGAGAGCUGAGAUAAACCUGAAUGAAAGAUCCCCAACAAGGUGAACAGUUCCACUGGCAGCCUGCUUCGAGGACAAGUUUUUGUAAGGAGAACCGUGGAUCUUGACACAGGGUGCGCAGUUUGCUUCAACAGAGGAUGGCUGCCACAUAUUCCUCAGAUGUGGGAUGGCUGGAUGAUGUCGGAGCUACCGCAGCCUGAAAGACAUCCCUGCUUUAUCUCUUUUGAUGAAAGCGCAUUAUCAGGGAAGGGGUUAAUUGAAGUGGCGUGGAAGCUUUGACCAUGAACCGCGACCGGAGAUCUGGCUCCUGCUCUGGGUUUGUUGCAAGCACAAGAAACAAGUUGAAUGCCAAAGGAAAGGGAACUGGAGAAGCUCGGAUGAUGUUCGCCUGCCAUCAGGUACACUGCCAAGCAAAUCGGUGGGGUGGCGUUCAUUUCGUCCUUGCUAAGCAUUUGACCCCCUUGGUUACUGAAAGGAACUAAGCUGGCGUUUUUCGCCCAUUCUGUUGCUACUAAUCCCUCCGUCCGGAAAAACUUGUCCCAAGCUUGUUCCUCAAAUGGAUGUAUAUAGCACCACCAUUUGAGGGGCAAGUUUUUUCGGACGGAGGGAGUACUAGAGUAGCGUAGCAUCAUCGCCUGCUAUCUCAUGCCUCUGUCUUUUCCUGCACUUCUCGUUCUUAGCUCUGGUUUUUGGCUUGUAAGAGAACAUGUUUCACAAAGGUGAACUAAAUUUA